AUAUUUACAAGCUUAAAAGAAAUUUGGAAAAACUUACCAAGAGUUAAAAAUUAUUAUAAAUUUGGAAGGUCUUAUCAAGAGUUUACAAAUUAUUUAAAAAAUCAAAGGCCUUCCUUUGGUAAUGAACACCAGACAUAGCUGAGGAGAGUCUUUAAAAAUCCGCCAAAAAUCCGAGAUCCCCGGACCCAAAUCCCUGUGAAAUCGGUCAAGCCCCCAACGACUUUUAGCCCGUCUCAGACGGAGCACCGCCAAGAUUCUCACCGCCAGCAGCGCAAUGAACUCGUACUUUGAGCAGGCCUCCGGCUUCUAUGGCCAUCCGCACCAGGCCACCGGAAUGGCGAUGGGCAGCGGCGGCCACCACGAUCAGACGGCCAGUGCAGCGGCGGCGGCCUACCGGGGAUUCCCCCUCUCGCUGGGCAUGAGUCCCUAUGCCAACCACCAUCUGCAGCGCACCACCCAGGACUCGCCCUACGAUGCCAGCAUUACGGCAGCCUGCAACAAGAUCUACGGCGAUGGGGCAGGGGCCUACAAACAGGAUUGCCUGAAUAUCAAAGCGGAUGCGGUCAAUGGCUACAAGGACAUUUGGAACACGGGCGGUUCGAAUGGUGGAGGAGGUGGCGGUGGGGGCGGCGGGGGCGGAGCGGGCGGUACAGGUGCCACGGGAAACGCCAACGGCGGCAAUACAGCCAAUGCAAAUGGACAGAACAAUCCGGCGGGUGGCAUGCCCGUUCGACCCUCCGCCUGCACCCCAGAUUCCCGAGUGGGCGGCUACUUGGACACGUCGGGCGGCAGUCCCGUUAGCCAUCGCGGCGGCAGUGCCGGCGGCAAUGUGAGCGUCAGCGGCGGCGGCAACAACAACGCCGGGGGCGUACAGAGCGGCGUGGGCGUGGCCGGAGCGGGUACCGCCUGGAAUGCCAACUGCACCAUCUCGGGCGCCGCUGCCGCCCAAACGGCGGCCGCCAGCAGUUUACACCAGGCCAGCAAUCACACAUUCUACCCCUGGAUGGCUAUCGCAGGUGAGUGUCCUGAAGAUCCGACCAAAAGUAAGAUAAGAUCUGAUUUAACACAAUACGGCGGCAUAUCAACAGACAUGGGUAAGAGAUACUCAGAAUCUCUUGCGGGCUCACUUCUACCAGACUGGCUAGGUACAAAUGGUCUGCGAAGACGCGGCCGACAGACAUACACCCGCUACCAGACGCUCGAGCUGGAGAAGGAGUUCCACACGAAUCACUAUCUGACCCGGAGACGGAGAAUCGAGAUGGCGCACGCGCUCUGCCUGACGGAGCGACAGAUCAAGAUCUGGUUCCAGAACCGGCGGAUGAAGCUGAAGAAGGAGAUCCAGGCGAUCAAGGAGCUGAACGAGCAGGAGAAGCAGGCGCAGGCCCAGAAGGCAGCGGCGGCAGCGGCUGCGGCGGCGGCGGUCCAAGGAGGACACUUAGAUCAGUAGAUCAUCGGAUCUAUCGAUCUAUAGACCUUUAGAUCUGUAGGGAUGAAUUAGGCGGAAAGGCGCAGAGACAGAUACAAAGCAACUAUAUUGUAACAAAUGAACUAUUUACUUAAAUGAAUAAUAUUUAAAUAUUUUGAUGGUACUUGUGCGAAUACGAAACUUAACCUAAAUCGAACCUAAUGGAAUUAUUUCAAGCGUUUGAGCAGCAACCGAAAAUACGUAAAUGAAACAAAACUACAAACUAAUUAACUAGGCUAAGUAAAUAAAAGUAGUGGAAAGAGCGCAGAUUAUAAACCUACUUAGAGUUAAACAAGAAAAACCAACAAUUUUAAUUUAGUUCCAAGCAAAAAAAUUUAAAAAAAGAUUCGCAAGCGUAAGAUUUAUGUUUACCACAUGUAGAGAGAUCCCUCGAAAUUUAAACCUAUGUCCUGCCCCCUUUGUUGCUUACUGCUAUGUUUAAAUUAAUUUUCGCGAAAAAUACUCAAAAAUUUAAGAACAAAACAAAAACUAUACCAAUAUAAUGUUGAGCGCGAGCAAAAUUCUGUUGAUAUGAAUUUUUGGUAAAAACCAGUUCUAAACCAAUUUAAGAUACGUGACAAAGGAAACGAAAAACAAAAAGAAAACUAUUAAAUUUUAACUUGAAUAUAAAUAGAAUUUGUUAGCCAAGUAAACAUAUUGCGAAACGAAAAACAAACGUUUUUGGGAGGAUCGAAUAUUUGAAUGUGUAUAGUUUGUGCUUAUUAAAUAAAAUAAUGCAAUUUUAGUUAACUCUGUUUAUUUUUAAACGAAUUUGUUUAGUUCUCGCCCAAACGACUAGAGUGAAGCUGUUUCUUUAAGUAAUGUGUAGUGUGUUUACCUUUUAAAUUAAAUUAAAUUAAUGCCUAAUUUUAUUAUUAUUAUGUUUAGUUUAAUGACAAGCGUUUAUGAGAUUAUCCGAUAGAAGCGGCGAGAAGAGGAGUACGACAAACCGUUUGCCCCGGCAAACGCAAAUAAAUUAUUGGUUUUGAAAAAAUCUAAAAAAACAAUGAGAAAACGAA